AUAAUACAUACGAUUUAAAACUAAUGGACAAUUACGUAUUACGUGAAAAGAACGCAACAUAAAUAAUCAAAAGUUAAUUAAAAAGCAGCCUAGUGCAAUCAGGCGCCAGUUAAUAGAGCGUGCGUGCGUGUGUGUUGAAACACAAAUAAAUAGGCAAAAGAAAAGUGAUUCAAGCGAGUAUCCCGAACACUUUGGGCCUCCUUCUCUGAUUCGAAACCAUUUUCCCCAACCCAACCAUACACUUGCAAAAAAAGCGACAGCGACCCAUUGCCGAACAGAAGGGGGAGCAAGAGAGCGAAAGAGAGAGUGAGUGCGCUGACAAAGCCAGUCCACAGCCAGCGCAACAUAACGAACGUGCAAAGAAGAGGGACAUAGCGAAUCGAAGCCGAGAAGAAACAGAAAUUCGACUAAACUAAACCAAUUCCGAAUAGAAUCGAACAUUUUGUCAACGCCAGCCGCCUGGCGCGUUUUGUGCAUUAAACAAAGGCGUCCAGCGAAACGUGUUUGCACUGCAAAGCAUUUCGUUUCGUUGCGCAUUUUGUUUUCAUUUUUUGUGCCUCCAAACCAGCAACCUACACGGCAGGGGCUGAGUAAGCGCCAGAGUGCAAAAAAAGGAGCCAAGGAGCAACGAACUGUGUUUGCGGUGUGUGCGCUGCGUGUAAAAGGCUCACCAGAAAGACUGAAGCAAGAAGAUUGUCCAAUCAACGAUCCCCAAAGGUAAGACAGAAAGGGAGAUAUUACAUAUAUAUUGAGAGAGAGAACGAGAGCUCGAGCACUAGCACUAGCAACAACAACAACAACGACAAAGAAGAGAGAGAUAAAUCCACAUCCACAUUGAGAUCCAGAUCCCAUCCAGCGCAUUGAGAGAGCGAGGAACGCGGCGGCGGCGUCAAGGAAUCUAACGCUAAUGAGGAUCUAUUGGCAGCAUGAGUACACUGGGGGGAAGUAGGGGAGAGCGAAAUGCCAAGCCCAAAUUCACAGCGUUGGAUAUAAAUCGCAUGUACAAGAAUAGUCGUGGUGAAUCAAGUGAACCAUCAGCACAGAAGAAUCAAGUGCCUCGUAAACAUGGAAUGCAAAUCUUGGGCAAAGUGCCGUCCGCUCGGCGACCACCAGCCAAUCUGCCAUCCCUGAAGGCCGAGACCAAUACCAGCAGCAACAACAAUUUCCUAGUCUCCGUCGAAGCAGGAACUGGCUCAGCAGGAGGAUCGAAUAAUAGCCACAACAACACCACUGCCCAUAGCGGAGGAGGAGGAGGAGCAGGCGCUGCAGGUAGCGGCGGUGGAGGAGCAGCUGGAGGCGGUGGACCCUCAUCGUCGCCUGGCUUAGGAGGAGGUUCACAGCAACAGCAGCAACAGCUGCAGCAGCAGCAUCACCACCACCACAACAACAACGUCUCAACGAGUGCCGGCAAUAAAUUCGGCGGCAACAGCAAUAGUAGCAGUAGCAACUGCAACAGCAACAACAACGCCACAUCCGGGAGCGGCAACAACAGUGCCUCUGCGCAUAGCCACACCCACAGCGGAGGCGGCAGUGGCACCGGCACCGGCACCGGCACUGGUCCCAGUAACAGCAACAAAAACUACAAACUCAUCAACAACUCGACAGGCGGAGCAGGCGGCAGCGGAGGAGGAUCCGCACUCGGCGGCGGCGGUGGCCAUUCGCUCAACUCACCGAAGUCAUGGUCUGCCAUAACCACAGGACACGAGAGGGGCCAGCACUUUGGUCGCCAGCCCCAUCAUCAUCAGCAGCAGCAGGUGGUGCCCCACUACCAGAGUCCGCAAUUCCAAUACGAAUUCCCCACGCUGGACGGCACAGUUGGCAGCGGCGGAAGCGGUGGCGGAGGAUCGAGUGGUGCCGGUCCCGGAAUGGGAGGAGCGCAGUCGGGCAAGGGACACUACCAGAACCAGUCGCAUCACUCGAGCUCAAUCCAGCAGAACCAUCAUCACUCGCACCACUCGCAUCAUCAUCAGCAGCAUCAGCACCAGCACCACAACCAGCACCACAACCAGCAGCAGCAUCAUCAGCAACAGUCUUCGCACCAUCGGGACUACCACCAGGGCCAAGGACAGGGACGUCAGUAUGGCGGGGGAUCGCACCACUCGCAUCGCGACUACAGAGAUGGCAGCGACGACGUCGGCGGUGGCGCCGGUGGCAUGGAUCUGGGGGAGAUGAGCCUGCGGCCACAGAACGAUACGGCCACCUGGCUGCAGCAGCAGGAGAAGGCGGCCAAGGGGGCGGCUGCAGCCGCUGCGGCGGCGGCAGCCAACUCGGACCUGGCAAUGAGCCAACAGGGCCAGGGCCACCAUCAGAUUGCUGGCAAUGGCGGCAGCAGUGGUACACCUGGUGGCGUCGGCGGCGGAUCAGGCAACGGAGGAGCCGUUCCCCUUCCCAUACUCUCGCUGAUGCCCUCGUUUAUGCGCAGCGGUGCACCAAUGCCCACAUCGGCGGUGGUUGCCGGAGGCCUGGGCAUGGGUGUCGGCGGAUCAAUGGCCACCACGGUGGCCGGCAUUCUCGCGGGCGGCUCCGAAUCGGGUCUGCCCACCCACUACCAGAACGGCAUUCUUGGAGGACGGUCCGCCUCCCCGGCCGUGGGCGGUUUUCGUGCGGCCAGCGCAAUACCGAAGCGUCCGGCGGCCUCUGCCUCGCCCCCACAGGGAAUGCGAGCAGCGACGCCACCACAACAGCAGCAGGCAAACGGUGGCGGACGCAAGGAGAAGGACUAUGUGGUGGAGCCAGAAGUGGCCCAGAUGCAGCGACCCAUUAUCCGCGAGGAGGAUCUGGAGCGGCUGAAUGCGAUAGCCAAGGACGACAGCUGGACAAAGCAGGAUGACAUUGAUUAUACCAAGAAGUUGACAUUCUCGGACGACGAAUCACCCCCAGAGGAUCAUCUCCAUGGAGGAAAACACCAGCACCAAAAUCAGCAGCAGCACCAGCAGCAAUCCCAAAUCUCGACAGCUGCCUCCUCAGUAUUGGCUGGCAAGAUGGCCCCCUCCUCCGUCGGCUGGCAGCGUGGCAAGGAUAGUAGCGAGCGCGAGUCCCUCCCUGACGGGGGUUUGGACCAGCAACAGCAACAACAAUCGCAGCAUCAACAGCAGCAGCAGGAAAUGCGACAGCAGAACGGACAUCGUGGCAGUUCUGGUAAUGUUGGGGCACCAGUGGCCGGUGGCAUUGCCCUGGACGCCAGUGUCUAUGAGCGCGUUAAGCAGCGCAAGGAAGAGGAGGAGCGUCGCGAAAUGGAGCGAAAACAGGCGGCGGCCAAGAAGCUACAGGAACUCGAAAUGAAAAUGAACAGCAAGAAGGCAGCGGCGGCAGCUCUAGCCGGCGAGGGACCCGCCUCCUCAUCGGGUUCUGUCUCCUCGAAUGAGGCACAAUCCCUUUCCGCACCGCUGGGCAAUGCCAGUGAGGAUGAGGGCGGAGGCCAGCAUCGUCGUCCGCGCGGCAGCAUCUCCAGCCUGGGCAGCGGUGUCAGUCCCGUGACUACCAGUGGAGGCGGCGGUGUGUCAGGUUCUGGCUCCCCGGCUGGCGGUGAAUACGGCCAGAAGGGCGUGUUCCUUACCCACUUUCAAUCGAAUUUACCACCACGUUUCCAGCGCCAGCAACAGCAGCAACAGCAGGCCCAGCAGCAACAGCAGGCCCAGCAGCAACAGCAGGCCCAGCAGCAGCAGCAGCCACGUCUGGAGAAGAGCGCCUCGGCCAGCAGUGCUUUCGAUAGUAAUUCGCGCUACCUGCAAAAGGGUGGCGUGGGUUCUGCUAGCGGAGGUGGAGCGGUGUCUGGUACCGUCACAAGUGGUGGCGGUGGACGUGGGAGCUAUGCUCAGCGCGGUGCUCCCGGUGGAGGAGCCGCUGGCGGCGGCUUCGGACGCAAUCGUCACGACAGCUCCAGUGCCCGCGAGGAGCAGGAGGCGCUGACCAUCGAGCAGCAGCAGCAACGGUUCACCCGCGGACAGCAGGAGUACAGGAGCCAAGUGCAGUCGCUGCCGCGCAGCAUUUCGGAGAAUUCGCAUCGCAAGACAAGCGUCUCGUCGUCGACUGGUGGCGAGGAGUGCGCUAUUUUGAGCCUGGGCUCGUGCUCCUCCUGGGCCGAGCAGACGGAUGCCGAGCAGAAGGUACACCACAGGCAUCGCGAGGAGAGCUUCUCGUCCACCCACAGCCACGACUCGUCCGUGCAGAUUAAGAUCCUGCAGCGUCCGGCACGUCAGCCCAGUCUCAGCGAGGAGGCCAUGGCCCCCCCUGGUGCCGUUGGUGGUCAGCAGAAGCAGCUGCUGCCUGCCUCCCCAUCGCUGCACAAGUCCGCUACUGCAGAGAUCAUGCCCACGCAGAUCCUGCGCCGCAGCGUGGAGCCGCUCGAUAAGUCCGAUGACAAGUCGGAGGAGAAGUCCGACGCCGAUGGCGACAGGGCCAAGCAGCAGGCGUCGGCUGGCAGCAAGCAGCAGCAAGAUGAGGACAAGGCGCAUCCAAGCGCCACUGCCAGCAAGCGACCCAGUCCCAGAGGCGGAGGAGGAGGCGGUGCUGUGGGCGGACGUGGCGGCAAUGCACGCAGCUAUGCGGCCAGCGCGGGAGGCGGUGGAGGAACGCAAGCAACAACUGUAGGAAGUGGCAGCUACCGUGGCGGACCGAGAAGCGGCAGCGACUGGGGCAGCAGCAGCCGCAGCAGCGGUGCAGCUGGCAGACGCUACUACGGCAGUGGCGGCGAGCAAUCGGAGCACUCGGAGGACGUGGAUGAAGACUGCUACAGCAGUGGCGGUGGCGGUGGCGGAGGAGGAGGAGGAGGUACAGGCGCAGCACGCCGUCGUCCGGAGGAUCCAGCGGGGCAGCCGCCGACCAACAAAGCCGGAUUCUCGCCGCGUGGUGAACCCUCACGACGCGGACGCGGUGGACUAAGCAGCGGAGGUGGAUCCACCUCAGCGCCAGGGUAUCGUCGUCCGGUUGCCGCGGGAUCCGGUGGCAAUGCUGGAGGUGCGGGACGCUCGUAUGGAAGACUCGGCUACGAGGAGUACGGCAAGCGCAGCUCAGAGUCGGAGGCGGAUCUGGCGGACAAGAGCAAGCACAUGGCCAAGGACGAGAAGGAGGCCUGCGGAGGCGUAGGCGAGGAGAAGGACUGCAAGACUGCCACUUCAGCGCCCAGCCACAGUCACAGCCACAGCCAGCACACUGCCCUGGUCAAGGAGGAGACGCAAAAGGACUCGCCAGCGCGCAUGCCUCCCGGACUGGCUGCCACAGGAGCAGCAGUAGGACCAGCGCCCACGGCCCUGACAGGCGUCCCAACAGGCGGCGCACCCUCAUCCUUGGGCUGCUCUGGCGAUCUUCUCGAAAAGAAAAAGUCCAGCGGCGACACCUCAUCCGUCUCGUCGGUCAUCGGCGGUCCAUGCGUCGUCGGCGGAGGUGAGAAGGUCAUCAAGCUGGCGGCCAUCGGCGAGAAAUCUCCACUGGUGGCCGUCAGCCUGGGAGUGGGUCCCGUCUCUGGUCCGGGCGCAGUACCCGGCGGCCAGGGAGGCGCCACUCUCCUCAUCGACGGCGCCCCCGUCAACACGAUCAUCUUUGAGAACUCAACGUACAAGCAGCAGCAGGUGCAGCAGCAGCAGCAGCAGCAGCAAGCGGUCGCAGCGGCUGUGGUCAUCAAGCCAAGCAACAGCCAGCUAUCGGGCGACUCCACGGUGGACAGCCUCUCCAGUGCCUUGUCCCAGAUGAGCUUCGGCGGCAAGUCCGCUUCGGGAGCCGGCGAGGAGGCGCAGGAUAUGAAGCUAGGCUUCACCUUUGGUGAUGAUCCCUCGCCCCUCAAGGUGGAUACCAUGGACAAGGCAGCCGCCGCCAGCCAGCAGCAUCAACAUCACCAGCAGCAACAGCAGCAGCAGCAGGCGGCACAACAACAGCAGCAGCAACAUAAUUCAACGGCCGAUCUUAAUAUGAAGAUAGCCAGCGUGAAAAAGGUUUGGGAGUCGGCAACACCCAUGUCGGACGGGCCAUCGCCCUCGCAAGUGCAGCAGCAACAGCAGGCCUUGCCCUUGGGCCAGCAGCAACAGCAGCAGCAGCAGCAGCAGCAACAGCAGCAGGCGGUGCAGCAGCAACAAUCUGUACUGCAGCCCCAAGGGGGUGACGAUGGCAGCAGCCAUAUGAGUGCCGCCUCGUUUGUGGCCGCGGCGGUGGCUGCUUCCCAGCAGCAUCAGCAGCAGAUGCCCCACUAUGCGGUCUCAGCGGUUCACAUGCAGAGCCACCACCACCAGCAGCAGCAGGCCCAGCAUCAUCAGCACCAUGCGCUGUCGUCGCCGGGUCCGGUGCCUGGAGUGCAUGGCUAUGGGGGCCAUGGAUCGCCCUUUGAUGGCGGCUCGUUGGAUCAGCAAUUCCAGCAGGAGGACUAUCCCAGUCCCCAGCAGCAGCACCAGAAGGCCAAGCAGCAGAAGUACCUGGGCAUGUCUCCGCCCCCCAGCCAACAGCAGCAGCAGCAGCACUCCCAGCAGCAACACUCGCAGCAUCAGCAGCACCAGCAGCAGCAACAGCAACAGCAGCAACCGUUCUACCAGGCAUCGCCGCAGUUCGGUGUCGGCGGCAUUCCAACGAUUCCCAGCCCGCCGGCAGUGGUGUUCAAUUCGUCGCAGAUGCCACCGCCGCCGCCACCGUCGCAGGGCGGCAAUCUGUAUGCUCCAUUCCAUACGCUCGAUCAUUCGAGCCGCUCGCCCGCCUACUCGGCGGCAGCGGCCGCACACAGCUUCCCGGGCCACUAUGCGGCCGCAGCGGCGGCGGCGGCAGCAGCCGGUGGCCCCUUCAACGUCAAUGCGUACGCAAUGCAGACGGCCCACGGCGGCAACAUGCCCCAGACGGCGCCCACACCCGACAUGUACUCCAAUCUGUCGUCGCAGUUCCGUCUGGGCGGCGGACCCGGCGGGCCAUCGGUCGGCCCCUUCGGUCAGCCCAACUCGCAGCAGCUGAGCAAUCCGAACGCGACGGUGGCCAUCAUCUCAUCUAACACCAACUCCAUGAUGUCCUCGGGAGCGGCGAAGCCGCCUCAAGCCAGCCAGCAGCCCAUCGGGGCCAUAGGCUCUAAGUCAGCGGGCAGCGGCGGUGGCCCCGGGCCGUAUGCCACCACCCAGCAGUAUAUGAAUCUUUAUCCCGGACCGCCGCCCCAGCAUCCGGGGCAGGGUGGCCCACCGCCGGGCGCCCAUCAGCUCCAGUCCAACAGCUACUACUCGAAUUCAGCGCAGGGCGGCCCCAGUGGCCCACAGUACUAUGGUGGACCCCCUCAGGGCAAUGGCGGUGCGCAGAGCUACGGCCUGGCCACAGCCGCCGGCAUGUACGGAGGCCACCAGGGCGGACCGCCCGGCUCGAAUGGUCCGCCAGGAGGACCCCAGUCACAGCACACGAUGGGAAACUUCAAUACGCAGUUCAUGAACUCACCUUUGCUGACGGCGGCCAAUAUCAAUCAGUACCGCGGCGGACCAGCGCCCGGUGCGGCCUACCUGAAGAGCAGCCAGGGACAGGGCCAUAUGCAGGACUCGAUGGGCCGUCAGCUGAAGAGUCCAUUGAGCGCUGAUAUGAGUCUCGGCCUGGCCAAACAGGUCCAGUCGCAGCCCAGUCCACCUCACCACAAGAACUAUGGCGCUUGGGAUCUGCAAAACCAGGUGCUGCAGCAACAACAGCAGCAACAACAGCAGCAGCAGCAGCAACAAUCUCAGCAACAACAGCAGCAGCAGCAGCAGCAGCGCCAGCAGGGAGUUAAUGGCGGCAACGGACCCAACAUGAACGCCCUGGGCGGACGUGGCAGCGGUGCCGUGGGUAGUGGCAGCGGCAGCGGUGGCGGCUCUCAGGUGGUUGGAGGCAACGGCGGUGGUGGCGGCAAUGGUGGCGGCAACGGUGUUGGCAGCGUGGGACAGAGUGGCGGCAACCAGGGCCGGUACCCCACGCCCAUUCAGCGACCCAAUAACUAUCCGCAGCAGCAUCCCCAACAGCAACAGCAGCAACAGCAACAGCAGCGGGAUCAGGCGGCAGCAGCGGCGCAGCGCGCCCAAAACAUGCGGCAGGUGACCGGCGGCAAUGGAGGAGUAGGAGGCCAAGGCGGUGGCGUUGGCGGUGGUGCCGGCAGUGCCGGUGGCAAUGGCAAUGCGCCAGUUGGACCGCCGGGCGGUAACGGGGGCGGUGGUGGCAAUGGUGGACCAGGAGGAGCGGUGGGCGGCGGAUCAACUGGCUCCGCGGUCGGUUCGGCAGCUGCGCAGUUGAGUAAGCCCUAUUAUGCCAACAAUGCGGCCGGCUCCGGCGGUGUGGCCAAUCGCGGUGAGUGGCACGCCAACUGAGUGGGGCAGAAUCCUUCACCCACGAACACUACCGCUCUCACUCCCACUCCAGCAGACCCCAGCCACAGCCCCCCACCUACAAUACAAGAAAAUCCACACACACAAACGUGCAUACAGGCAUAGAGGAAACGAAACGAGCAAAAUGAGGAAGGAAUGCGGAAUGCGAAGUAGAAGAAAGAAAAGGAAACGUAAAGAAAGGAAAAGAUAAGAAAGUAAAGAUAACGUAUGUUGCAACCGAUAGAAGCGAAAGCAGAAAGAAGAAAUAUUUACUUAUCCAUAAAACUAAAAGUUAAGCAAAACUCAAACAGUUAAAGUAAAAAGUGAAGCAAAGGUAACGAAAUCAAAGUUAAUAACACACAAACCACAACAGAUACUAGCGAACGCGUAAGA